AUGGCAUCGCCCAACCCUGUCGUAUUCUUCGACAUCACCCUCGGCGGCGAGCCCUUGGGACGAGUCAAGAUGGAGCUGUUCUCCGACGUCGUGCCAAAGACUGCCGAGAACUUCCGUCAGUACUGCACCGGCGAGACAAAGAACCACCUGGGGCAUCCUCAAGGCUACAAGGGAUGCAAGUUCCACCGUGUGAUUCCCAACUUCAUGCUCCAGGGAGGUGACUUCCUCAAUGGCGAUGGCACUGGCUCGGCUUCGAUCUACGGUACAAAGGCCUUUGCUGACGAAAACUUCAAUCUGAGACACGAUGUCGCUGGUUUGCUCUCCAUGGCAAACUCUGGUCCAAACACAAAUGGCUGCCAGUUCUUCAUCACGACUGUGCCGCUACCUCAUCUCAAUGGCAAGCAUGUCGUCUUUGGAAAGGUUGUCGAUGGCAUGGACGUCGUGCGAAAGAUCGAGAACGUCAGGACCAAUGUGACAGACAAGCCCAUCCAGGACGUCGCUAUCGCUCAGUGUGGAGAGAUGUAA